AUGCUUAAUCAGAGCCGUCUAUCUCCACCAUCACUUAAGUUUAUAGAACCGAUUAAGGAGCUACAAGAGGAGGAUUCCGAUAAUGAUAUAGAUGAACUAGCGAUCUCUUACUCCUUAAAGCAGCCUAUAGAUAGUUUAGAUCUAGAUAAUAGUGCCCUACUAGAGGAAACAGCAUUCGAUAGUACACAGACCCGGACAGGAAGGAUUCGGAAGAAGCUAAGGUUACCAGACGGAUUCGAGAUGGGGAAGCCAUAG